AUGGAUGAUAAAAAUAAUAAAGUUUUCAAUUGUGAUGUUUUAAUAUGUGGUACCAGUUUAUUGAAUAGCUUAUUGUCAGUUUAUUUCUCCCUAAAAGGUUAUAAAGUAAUAAACAUUGAUAAAAAUAAUUACUAUGGUGAUGUCAAUUGUUCUUUGAGUUUCAAUCAAUUUCAAGAUGAAAAAAAUAACCUUCAUAACUUUUACGAGGAAUAUUUUCCUUUUUAUAAAAUAAAUAAUAGCCACGAAGGAAGUGAAAAAGAAAAGGGGAAAACACAAAAAGAGAAAUUGGACGAAAUUAUUAAAAGUUAUUUUCAAAUAAAUAACAAUAAAUUUAACAUUGAUAUUAAUCCAAAAAUAUUAUAUAAUGAAAGUGAUAUUGUUAAUUUACUUUUAAAUUUAAAUGCGCAUACCUAUAUUGGUUUUGUAGGAAUGCAACAUUUUUAUUUAUCACACACAAAUGAUGAACACAAGGAAAAUGUUCUUAAUACAAAUGAUAAUAAAAACCAACAUUCUGGUGACCAGACAAACAAUGAAAACCAAUCGGAUUUAAUAAUAUUAAAAAUCCCACUAAAUAAAUCACAAGUUUUUUUAGAUCCAAAUCUAACUCUUAUUGAAAAACGAAUGAUAAUGAAUUUUAUAUACAAACACAUUAUACAUGAUAAAAAUUACACAUUUUCACGAUUUUCAAAUUACAAUUUUAUAAAAACAGAAAACACUCUACACGACAGCCAAUCAUCAAUAAAUAAUAGUUAUGGAAACAAUAAUCCCGAUGAUACAAAUAAAAAUUGUGUAAACAAUGAAACAUUAAAACGGGAAAUAAAUGAAAAAGAAGCUGGAAAUAGUAAUAUGGAUGAUAAAACAAAAGAACACGAUGAAAAUAUAAAUAUAUUAGAUUACUUAAAGGCAUACAAAAUAACAGAUAAAUUAACUGAUUAUAUUAUUUAUGGAAUAGGAUUAUUUGAAUUUGAAAUAGAAAAAACUAAUGAAAAAAAUAUAUCCGAAUAUUACUUAAAUGGAUUUACAAAAGAAAAAAAAUUUAUUAUGAAUAAAAGAGAAUUUAUGCAACGAUUGCAUAUAUUAAUAAACUCGUUAAACAAAUUUAAAUUACAAAACUUGUUCGAAAAUGCUUUCAUUUAUCCAUCAUAUGGAUUGAAUGAUAUUAUAUUUUCGAUGUCAAGAGUGUCAUGCCUAAAUAAUGCCAUAUAUAUGAUUAACAGAAACAUCAAAAAUAUUAAUUACUCAAAGUUUUACACACAAAACAAUCCUAUCGAAAUAAAUAAUAAAUAUAAUGAUAACUCUUUACCAACUUUAUUACAAAUAAAUGAAGUCAUUCUUGAUAAUGGAUAUGUUAUCAAACCGAAGUUUGUUAUAUCAUCUGGAUCUAAUAUAAAUUUCCAUGAAAUAAAAAAAUUCCUUUUUUCGUCACACAAAAAAAAAAUUAAUAGCAAUAGUAAUAAAUAUGACAAUAUUAACAACUGUAGUAAUAAUAAAAUUCGUACCCAAAUGGUAACAAGUCGACUAAUUGUUUUAAGUACCUACUCAUUUCUUGGAAAAGAUGGUGUAUCAUUUUUCAUACAUAAAGAUAAAAAUAAUAAAUAUAAGAAACAAACAAAUUCUCAUAACAUCCAUACCAAUGUGCAUAUAUUGCAAUUAGACUAUAGUAGUGGUUCAUGUCCUCCAGGAUUUUUUUUAACAUAUUUUACUUAUCUAGAAAUUAUAGAGGAACAUAAAAUAACAAAUAACAAGUCCAUCGACUUGUUUAAUAAUAAUAAGAAUCAAACAAACGAUAAAAAAAAUGAUGCACACACAGAUAAUCACAAACCAUUAAAUUAUUUGCUUUUAUUUGAUGUAUUAAAAUUAUUCAUAAAAAAAUCAAAAGGAACUUCCAAUUCAUAUGUAGAUCAAUAUUUAUCAGCUAAAAAUGCAUAUAACGAUGGUGAUUAUGGAAUUGUGAAAAAAAUCAGUGACUAUUUUAGCAACGACUUUGUAAAUAAUAAUCAUUGUGCACAUGAGUUUACAAAACUUGAAAGUGCAAAAAACGAAGAAAAAAAAGAAACAAUGAAUUGUACUUCGCCAUAUCAACAAGAUGGUGUAAAUAAUAUUUAUGACUCUUAUUCACAAAAUAGCAAAACUGUAGAAAACACAGAGAACCAACAAAAUGAAAACAAACAAAAUGAAAACGAACAAAAUAAAAGCAAUGAAUUUUUCUUAAAUUCUUUUAAUGACUUAUUGAAAACGGAAGGCAUUAUUUAUUGUGCAUAUUAUGAAUACAAACCUAUAAUAUACAGGAAAGAUACUAUUAAAUUAAUUAAUAAUAAUAUAGAGCUAUAUAAAAAGAUAUUUGAAAAUGUAGAAAAAAGCAUUACAAAUGCUCAUAACAACAUCGAAUUUCUCGAAAAAAGACAAUCCACACUAAAUUAUUCAAGUGAGGAUGAAAAAAAAAAUGUACAUGCAGAUAAUGAAAACAACGAUUUAAAUAUUAAUAAUAAGGAAAACAUGAAACAAAAUAUAUCGUGUAAUGACUUAAAUAAAAAAAAUGAUUAUCAACUUGAUGAAAAUACAAAAAUUUGCAACUUACUGUUUACUAAUGAUAUACAUAAUUACCCUAUAUAUCCUCUCAUUGAAGAUGUUUCUACUUUUUUUUAUAUUAUUAAUAAAUUUAAUGAUAAUUUUAAUCAACCUGAUUAUUAUCAAACAACAUAUGAUACAUUUGCUAAUAUGAUAGAAACAUAUUUUAAUAAUAAGAUAAAUAAAGUUUAA